CAUCCCAAACCCUAGUUCACAUUACAAACACAAAUUCAAUAAUUUCAAGUUCAAGGUUUCUGAAAGAUGGAGACACGCUAGUCUCCUCUACUGGAAUUUUCGAACUCGGUUAUUUUCAGCCAGGUGACUCUGGGAACAUGUAUGUUGGUAUAUGGUACAAGAAUAUAUCUGUUAGAACGGUGGUUUGGGUUGCAAACAGAGACCACCCAGUCCCUGGUGCAUCACUGCUUGUGCUAAAGAUCGCUGAUCAAGGAAUUCUCGGCCUCUUCAACAAUAGCAGCAUGAUUUGGUCAUCUAACACAACGACGUCAGGGAAUGCUACUGCAAAGUUUCGUGACAACGGGAAUCUAGUUGUGAUCGAUCAACAUGAAAAGGUUCUCUGGCAGAGUUUUGAUUACCCCACCGAUACUCUUCUACCUGGCAUGAAGCUAGGGAGAAAUUACUUGAGAAGCAAGGAAUGGAAUCUAUCAUCAUGGAAGAGUAGUCAAGGUCCUGCUGCAGGCGAAUUGACCUGGGGCCCUGAUGCACUUGGUUAUCCAGAAAGCAAACUAAGACAAUGAGCCUUGGUCCAUUUCCGUGGUGGACCAUGGAGAAAUCGACGGUUUAGUGGAAUUUCUGUAUUCAAGAAGAACUUAACCUUUACAUAUGAUGUGAUUAUCAACAAAAAUGAGGUGUCCUUUUCUUUUAAUUAUCAUGAAGAUAGUUCUUUUCUAUCAAGGGUCACCUUGAAUUCUUCUGUGCAUCUAGAAAGUUGGGUGUGGUUGGAAGAUAGUAGAGGGUGGCAGCUUUCUGUGUCAUUCCCAAGAGAUGUUUGUGAUGCAUUCAACAUUUGUAAUGCUUAUGGAAUCUGCAACUUUAAUUCGGUCCGACAGUAUUGUGCAUGCUUGGAUGAGAAAAGGUUUGUGCCCAAAAACCAAAAGGGUUGGAACACAGCUGAUUGGUCAGGUGGAUGUGUUAGGCGAGUACCGUUGGACUGCAAAAAAGGAUCAGAAGGGUUUAUCAAUUACUCUAACGUAAAAUUGCCAGGCACAGAGAAUACCUGGUAUGACAUGAGCAUGACUCUGGAAGAAUGUCAUACCAAAUGCUUACAGAACUAUACUUGUAUGGCUUAUGCAAAUCCAGACCCCAGUCUUGGAGGAAGGGGCUGCUUGCUAUGGUUCGAUGACCUUCUGGACAUCAGAUUGUUACCCGAAGGCAGUGGUACUGGUGGAGAUAUUUUUGUUAGGAUGGCUUCAUCUGAAUUAGAUUCUGAAUCUAUUCCUAGGAAGAAGAAGGAAGGAGCAAAGAUUAAAAUUAUCUUACCUGUUAUCAUUCCAGGGGUUCUUGUCAUAGGCUUCAUCUCAACAUGCUUGUGUUAUGCACGGAGGAAAAGGAACCACACCGAACCAACAGGGGAAGGGGCAAUCUUGAAUACAUAUAAAAGCCAGGAAGAAGAUAUGGAGCAACCACUAUUUAGCUUUUCUACAAUUGCAAAUGCCACUGCCAAUUUUUCACCUGGCAAUAAACUUGGAGAGGGUGGAUUUGGACCAGUUUAUAAGGGUACGCUAGAAGAAGGGAAAUAUAUUGCAGUUAAACGACUUUCCAAGAAUUCAACCCAAGGAAUUAAUGAGUUCAAGAAUGAAGUCCUUUGCAUUUCAAAACUUCAGCACCGAAAUCUUGUGAAGCUUCUUGGCUGUUGCAUACACGGAUAUGAGAAGCUGCUUAUCUAUGAGUACAUGCCAAAUAAAAGCUUGGACGCAUAUAUUUUUAGCAAUACUCAAAGCGUGCUUCUUGAUUGGACAAAGCGUUUCAACAUUAUUAAAGGAAUUGCUAGAGGACUUGUUUACCUGCAUCUAGAUUCAAGAUUAAGAAUCAUCCACAGAGAUAUUAAAGCUAGCAACAUAUUACUAGAUCAAGAUAUGAAUGCUAAGAUAUCAGACUUUGGCUUAGCAAGAAGUUUUGGCGGAAAUGAGACAGAAGCAAACACCGAGAGAGUUGUUGGCACAUACGGUUACAUGUCCCCCGAGUAUGCACUAGAUGGCCUUUUCUCUAUAAAGUCAAAUGUGUUUAGCUUUGGCGUCUUGGUGUUGGAGAUUGUGAGCGGGAAGAGGAAUAGAGGAUUUAUCGAUCCUGAAAAUGAAGAAAAUCUUAUCGGACAUGUCUGGAAUCUCUAUACUCAAGGCAGGUCAAUGGAAUUAAUCGAUGCAAGUUGUGCUGAUUCCUGUCAUCCUCAUGAAGUUAUAAGAUUAAUCAAUGUUGAGUUGUUAUGUGUUCAGAAAAAUGCAGUAGACAGGCCAAACAUGUUAUCUGUAGUUCUCAUGUUGGACAGCGAAGGCGAAUUGCUGCAACCUAAGAAGCCACUAUUUUCCAUGGAAACUAAAUCUCCUGUUGCAAACUUUUCUUCAAAAUCUUACACAGGGGGUUCUACGGUUACAGAAGUAGAUCCUCGAUGACCACAUGACAUUAUUGUUUUGCGGUUAUUAUUUGCAUGAGGUUGUUAAUGUAGGGUGACCAUUGUCAUCAGCCAUGAACUUCUCUGUUUCCUAGUUUGUAGGUUUUCCGUCAUUUCAAACCUUACAACUUGUAUCGCUUGAUUCUUGGAGGUCCCGGUUUCUUGGUCAAGUGAAAGAAAUGUCGACUAAUAGUGAUAUCAAAAAAAAGGUUGUUGGAAACCAUUCAUAAUCAAAGCAAGCACGAAUAAAAAAACACAAACAAUUGAUUUUGUGGGCGGAC